AAAAGUUGUAAUUUUAAAUUGUCAGUUUCUUAUAAGCUGUUCAAAUAGUCAGACUGCAAAGGAGUUCUAUACGUUUUUCCUUUUCAUAUAGUCUUCAGAAAACGAUGUUGCUGCCACCGCAAACGCGGUCAAGGCCUGACAGCCAGUACAGCGCAGGGCAGAUCAACGGAAACCACUUAAACAAUAACAUCAACAACUUGCAACUCAGGACAAACAACAUCAAUAGCACGAUAGUUGGACCACGUCUGAAUAGCAAUCGCAACAACUCGAACCACUCUAUUUACAGAACUACUUCUGACCACCAACCAAACAACAGAUACUCCAGAUUAAGUUCAAACCAAGCCAGAACACCACGCUCACGCCCAGAUAACGUCAAAAGUUUCACAUUUGCUGUGAGUCCUGCAAACAACACUAGAGGUUUGUUUUCAACUACGUGUGACGAUGUUUUGACAUCGACCGAGAGUCGGACAUCGUUUUUACCGUCGGCUGAAGCGAAUGGGACAGUGACUCGUCUUCGUCAGAGAAUGUCGGCUAAUUCUAAAGAGAGAGUGAACUCAUCUUUAAGUUCACGCAGAAGUGCCAUGUCUUAUUCGCCUAACGGAACAUCAUCCAGACAUCUAACCUCUACAAAGUUUUCGAUUGAUAGUCUCAUGGAUGACGUCAUAUCGUCAGUGCAAACGAAGCUGAACGGGAACGAACCGCCGGCGUCAGAAAGACAGCCGUUGAUUAUAAAUAGUAACUCAUUCAUAAACCAGAGUAACCUUUGUUCUCAUAGUAAUAUGAACGUUUCUGCAUGUGGUAAAAACAGCAGUUAUCACAGUGUUGUUACCAGUAAUCAAGCUGCUGCAAAAGCCAGUUUUAAUACCAACAGAACAAGCGGCUGGAACUAUAAUGGCAACUCAAGUCACAAUGGCGUUGAAGAUUUCAUCCAGGCUGGAGAUUUUUUGAAGUACAAAGUGAAAAUGCGAGAUGCGACCAUGUACCAAGAGGAUCUCCUGGAUCCAGAACUGGUUCAAGUGCAGACGUUUAAAAAAGCCAGACCAGAAUCAGGUUGGGUGUCUAUUCUUAUUAAUGCUGCCAUCAGAAGCGCUUUGAUGCCUUUUCUGUUUACCUGGUGGAUGUCAGAACUAAGUCGCGCGCAGUAUAUGAUGCUGUUGUCGGCUUGGUUUAUGGCAACUUGGAACUUGAAACGUUACUUUAUGUCACAGCCUCCCGUUUCAAGCUCUUCUUUUUCAGUUUACGAGUUGGAACUUAUUUGUCCCUUUCUAUAUUUAUUUUUGCUUACCUUUACUUAUUGUCAUAUACAUAAUGCCAGAAAACGAACUUCGAAAAGUAGUAGUAAUAUUAACGUGCCAAUUGCUACCAUCGCGCCCAAAUCGCCAAAUACGUCACAAGAAGCUGUCACUAAAGCUUUAAGAAAAGGUCACAGUACUGUUCAUGUUACUCGGCGUAAAGUGCAAAAUCUGCGACCUGUUUCUUCAGGUGGUGUUCCAAACGCUAGUAAUAGACUCAACCGAGAAUCAAAUUCUCAAAACCGUCAACAUGAACUGCGUCGGUCACGUUUAAGCAGUAUGGAUUUGGAGCAAAGUCAAAGUCGGAUUGCUUCUAGAAACGAUAAUUUUACAGGAGUUGAUUUAUCGCCAGUUAUGGACUUGGAGCGCGAAGACGUUGAUUUCGACUCAAAUACGAACAACGAAGAUCGUCGAAGUGUUUCAUCACUGGAGGAACAUGUUCAGACUCAAGAGAUGACGAAUUGUAACGGUGAUCAAUCAAGUCCUAAUAUACCACAUGCAGAGGUUUUUGAGCCAGAAAGACCAGUACCGUUUGCAAGAGACGGAAACCUAGAGCGAGAGCGAGAAUCAUUCGAGAUAUCAGCUUUUGACAGCUUAAGUCAGAUAACUCGUAACGAAGAGAACAUGCGCUACGAUAAUAAUUUGAGCCAAAUCACAGAAACUGUAACACAGCCGCUGGAAUUAGAAAGUACAGUGGAAGAUAACGAAACAAGUGUAUCUGAUGCGACUUCUAGAGUUGUAAUUGCUACUGAUUCAACGGCGUUAGAUGUCGAGACACCAACAACGGUUUCAGCUUUGAGCCCAUCGGAUGCGAGAGAACAUCAUCAAUUGCAUCCCAAGUUUGUCAAGAAGGACUCGGAUGAAGUAAUGGAAUACUUGGAUGCAAUGGUGCAAUCAUCAGUCCAGGUUUUUCACAUGUCUCCAGAAAUUGCUCACCCGCAUUCAGACGCCAAUUUUGGGUUCCCUAACCAGACGAAUGAUGUGACCAAAAAUGAUCUCAGGUUACACAAUCUAAGCAUUUUGUCUGACGAUAGUUCUUUGCAAGGAGAGGUGGGAAGUUCCGUGGAGGUGACAAGUGUGGACCUGGAUUCGGAGACUCCUCCUUGGACUUCAAGACAGCUAUCAAAUCUUUCGACAAACUCGGAAAUCAAAAGGCAUGCAACCGAUUGGUACGGAAAUACAGCUCAGAUAACCGACAAUAGAUCUUUUAGCUUUCAAGUCACCAAUCAAAGGGAUGAUUCAAAUACUUCAACUCUAAGUGAAAGUUGCCAAAAUUUUGUAACUGCGUCUGCCAAUCUUUCAAACUCUGGAUUUCUGAAUAAGCCAACGACAAUUUGCAAUAAAACUUACUAUCAAAAUGAUUGGAAGUAUGGCAAAUCUGAUGCACGUGAACAGUUUACAAACUACAAUGUUCAACUUCAAGUUCACACUAAAGAAUCUGAGAAAACGAGCGCAAUUUCUUCGUCUCAAGCGAAGGCAACUUCGUCAUCAAGUUUGACAAUCGGGCGAAACCGAUCGAGAAAUUCCAAUUCGUCCUCAUCACUAUCCCGACUUGGGCCAAGUCUUGUCGGAGCUACUCCGAUACGCAAACGACAGAGUCUGUUCACUUUUCCGAGCGGACGAAGUUCGUUUCUCCACAAAAGUAUUGUCAAAUACCUGCAAGAAUUGGAGAAAAAAGCGAAAGAUGCUUCGCUUAAAGAGAAUAAUGCCAAGCUUCAAUCGAAGCAGCUUACUUGGCGAGAUAGAAUCCUGCGGUUUCUAAUGUCACUCAGAGUAAAAAUCUUUGGCGAGUUGAUUGAAACUCAGAGAAGCAAACUGGGCGCGGCUGCGGCGCCACCCGGUUGCACGCUAGUUUCACCAGAAGAAUCGCCGGUUUGUGGUGGCAUUAAAAACGUAGUGACAGGCGAGACUGAAGCGAUCCACGAGACGCAGUCUGUGGAAUCGGAAGAGGAGGAGAAUGGUCAUGGGAAUAUUCUAGAAGAAAGUGAGGAAGAGGAAGACGAGGAUGUGCAUGAUGGGGAGGGGCAAGAGGAUACGGGGGGCAGUUCGAUUGAGGAGGUCGAGGACAAUCCCAACACAUCUGGAGUCAAUAUCAACGGUGACAACUUCACUCGUCUGGAUGGUGGCCUGGCUUCCGCCGAUGACAUCAGCUGGAACAAAGCGAACAGCUCUACCGCAAACCAGACUCCAGAAAAGACCGUCAAAAUCAUCACCUGGAACCAAAUGGGAAGGUGCAAUAAGGCCAAUCUGACAGCCGAACAGGUGGUGGAGGUGAUUGUGAAUCGAGCCGAUCUGAUUCGCAACUCGAACUUCUAUUUCGCGUUCGGAAUCUUCUCGGCUGUGUUUAUCAGCUGUAUGCCCUUUUUGUACAGAUAUUACACGGUGCCCCAGUACACAUUAUUUGGAGACAUUAUCCAACUGGUAUCUGCACAUGAAAACUUCGCGUCAUCUGAUUUUAUUGUUCUGGAAAUCUACCUGAGCUACUUCUCAGUCGUGAGCUCCUUCCUCACAUGUGUUGUCUUCUUCCUCCUUCUAGCUGCAGCUGAGAGAACUUACCUCCAGCGACACUAUUACUCAAAGUAUCUAUACAGGUUGACAAGCAGCAAGAAGGCGAGGAAGUGUGAAAUACCUCACUUCAGGCUGACCAAAGUGAGGAAUAUUAAAAUGUGGCUCUACAUCAGGUUCAAACUCAAGGCGCAUGGACCCCAGAAGACAGUGGAAGUAAUCGUCUCCAAUUGUCUUCUCUUCUGCGUCCUCUCUGUGUCCUGCUGCUGCUUCCAGAUGCUCGAACACAACCCAGACAACCCAGAAGGUGGAAGUGGAUCUGGAAGUGAUACAGCCAGAAUUUCCCUCAGCGGCUUCUACAAUCCCAGUCUGGCCAGCUGGGUGGCCAUCACGUGGUGUCUGGCACUUGGAUCACUUCUGCUAAGGUUCAUCACCAUAGGCACUAAAGUAAACAAACAGUACAGCAACACUGCCAUGUUAACCACAGAACGAAUCAACCUCUCCCUCCGAAUGGAAAACAAGCCAGAGAAGCGAGAAGAGUACUUCUUAGCAGACAGAGUUCUGAAACUAGCUUGCCGACUAAUAAGCGAAGUGGAAUCACCCUUCAAAGUGUCUGGACUCGUCAUGAAUUCUGUUCUCUAUAACGUCAUGCGAGUUAUUAUUCUAUCUGCAAUUUCGGCCGUGAUGAGUGAAAUUCUUGGUUUCAAACUGAAACUAUGGAAAAUUUGAGUGGACUGGAAUAAAGGCGGUCGAGUAUGAUUGAAGCGUUGGAGCCUAAAAUACCGAUGAAAAUGACACCACUAGUCACGGGUUUACCUGGGACAGUGGAACUUUGGAAACUUCGAGGAAAGUCGAUCGACAUAUGUGUUAGCAAACCGAUGUGUUUUUGUGCAAAACUCGACCAUUACUAAUGUCUAGUAGAAAACCAAACGGGAUGUGUUACGAUUAGCAUGAAUGAAUAGCAAUUCAGAGUGGUUCUCAUUGGCGAAUAUUAGUUUUCCUUUGUUUUUUUGAAAGAUAGCGUAUCAUU